AUGAUUGAUAUGUAUUCUAUUUAUUGUAACAACCCAAUAGUAGUAAACAACACUCAGUGUAGAGGACUCUACAGUUUUGUUAACUUCAAAGCAUCAGCUGUUUGUUUUACCAACCCACUGAUAACUGGCAGAUAUGUAGGGAUAUCAACAGUAAGGAAACAAGCUCUUCAACUCUGUGAGGUGGAAAUCUAUUUGCGAGAUAAUCUUGCAUUUGGAAAACAAACAAAUCAAAGUAGUGUAGAGUUUGGUGGAGUAAGUAGCAGGGCAGUUGAUGGUAUCAGUAACACAGACUAUUACGCUAACAGCUGUACCCACACUGGCAAAGAACUCAACCCUUGGUGGAGAGUUGACUUGGGACAAGUUGAACCAGUUUCAGAAAUAUACCUAGUCAACCAAGAAAACCAGUGGUUUUACAGGCAGAAUAACUUUGAGAUCAGAGUGGGCACAGUAUCUAAUAAUGGAGGAAUUACCAAUCCCAGGUGUGGUGAUAGGCAGAGUUAUAGCCUUCCAAGAGGAAAAGGGGUAUCCUUUUUCUGUCGUCCUGUAUUACUUGGAAGAUAUGUGACAAUAAGAAGCUUAAGAACUGACAGUGAACGCUUCACACUUUGUGAAGUUGAAGUUUAUUCUGAAAGGAGAGCUUGCCAAAUGCAGGCCAUAGGUGUGGCUAGCACUGACACACUUCCUGAUGCCAGCUUCUCAGCAUCAAGUGAACGUACAAAUCUUGAAGCUUUUAAUGGUCGACUGAAUGCAUUUAGGGGAUGGUCACCCAGCAGUAGUGACAGACCUGAUGAUUAUCUACAAAUUGAUCUGCAGUAUGAGUUUCUUAUUUGUGCUGUAGCUACUCAAGGGAGGUCAACUUUUAAUGACUGGACAACUGAGUACAAGUUACAGCUAUCCUUUGAUGGUUCCACUUUUGUGACUUACAAGGAAAACAAUGUUGACAAGACUUUCAGUGGCAAUUCUGGAAGACAUGACAUUGUCAAACACAAUCUCAGAGAUGUGAGGGCAAGGUUCAUUCGUUUCCAGCCUGUCAAGUUUGUUAGAAACAAAGCUUUGAGAGUAGAGGUGUAUGGAGUUCUUAUAUCUAGAGAUAUUCCAGACAUGGAAUCAUUGCAGGGUUCAAAUUGUUCUAUAAAAAGAAAGGGUUUAUUGGGUCAAUACGUGUGGAAACUAUCAAUGAUGGAAGGACCUUUUUAGGAGUAAUUCAUGGUCUGGAUAAGUACACAGAAUACGAAUUUCAAGUGUUGGCGUUCACGUCUCAUGGUGAUGGACCAAAGAGUUCAGUUGUGGUGGAGAGAACAAGGGAAGAUGUCCCUUCACAACCUCCUAGUGGCUUAGCUGUAGCAGCCAGCUCUUUUACCAGUGUUUUAGCAUUUUGGCAGUUACCUCCUGAAGACUCCAGACAUGGAAUCAUCAAGGGAUACAAACUCUUUUACAAAGAAACAGGUGGUGAUAUGAGCUCAACAACCGAAGUACUCAUAAACAAUGCAGCAAUUCGGUCCAUAUCUGUCACUGGGCUACAAUCUGGUACAGAUUAUGACUUUCAAGUGUUGGCCUUCACAUCUCGCGGUGAUGGACCAAAAAGCUCUGUGAAAGUCGUGCGAACAGUUGUAGAUGCACCUGGUCCUCCGGCUUCCCUCAAUCAUACUCUUAUAACACCGACUGAGUCACAUGGACCAAUGAUAACUUUAUCCUGGACAGCCCCUUCACAACCGAAUGGAGUUAUCAGGAAUUACACUGUGUUUUACCACCACAGUGAAGAUCCACUUAAUACUCACAAUGAGACCUUUGGACCAGAUGUCUUUAGUUACACAGUUGAUGUGUUGGGUGGAGCCACCUAUUGGUUUGACGUCAGAGCUGAGAUAAUAAAACCUGGAGAAAACGCCUCUUUAAUCGUUAAUAUCUCAGAAUACAAGCCUAAUAGUGGCCCAGCUAAGGUGUUUUCUGCCUUUGUGAACAAAACCACCUUAAACAUUUCAUGGGCACCUCUACCAAGAGAACAGAGUAAUGGCGGCAUCAUUCUGUACAACGUCAAAGAAGAGUUGUUGUCUCGGGGAACACGACAGAAAAGAUCACCUCUGAGCGGCAAAACAGUCAAUACAACAGACACAUUCAUUUUACUGAGUGGAUUAUUGCUUUGUUCGCAAUACCAAGUAUCUGUUCGAGCUUAUACCAAAGUAGGUCCUGGCCCAUAUGGUCCACCUUUAGAACUGCUGAGAACGUCAGGCCCGGGAACACCUUGGGGGUUAAAUGCAUCAAACGUUGGAGCAACCCAAGUGACACUGGAAUGGAAGGAACCAGAGCUUAUGACAAAAGAAGGUCUCAGCUAUAGAGUGAAGUAUCUCGGUAUAAAGCCUUAUAAUGGAAGCUUUAGAGAGGAAGGUGUUCAGGACGUUGGCAGUUCCACCUAUUACACCAUGAAAGGUUUAGUUCCAGGUUCAAUCUACGAGUUUCAGAUUUUCGUGAGCUCUGUUUGUGGACUCGGAGAACCCAGAAGAUUUCCUGAUAGGAUCGAAACAAAGAUGACAGCCCCGAUCUCCCCAGCUGUACUUUCGGUGACGAAUAAACGUAUUUCGACAUCAACUGUUGUGAUUCGCUUGUGGCCUGCGGAGCAAAGAAAUGGUCCAAUAAGUUCUCAUCAAGUUAUAGUUCUAAAUGUUGUUGACGGAGUGGAAGAUCUUCCGAUUGAUUUUGCUUCAAAAAUACAAGAUUCAAAUAAUUCCGAGACAGGGAACCAGAAGUUUUAUGUUGCUGCUGAGCUGAAAAAUAUUCCGGGGAAUGAAAUGUCUUGGGAAUUCAGUGUUGGCGAUGGAAAAACGUAUGGAGCAUACAGAAACAAAGAACUUCAAAUCGGAGAGGACUACAUUGUGUACCAAAGAGCGAUGACUUAUGACAAUGAUGUAAUUUUAUAUGGACCAGUCAGCAAGGUGGCAAAAAUUUCUGUCACUGAAGGAUUAGGAAGAAGAGAAAGCUCUAAAUCUGCUAGUAUUGUGCAGAUUGCCGUUCCAGUGGUUCUGGUUAUAGUCUUGGUACCAUUGCUUCUUGUCGCAAUACUGCUGUAUCGGAGGAGGAGACGGGCAGAAAAAUCGGGCCCAGGGAAAGAUAGUAAUAAAGUACAUAUUCCACUUGGCGAAUUCAGAAUGGAUUCAGUUGAGUCCAACGGAAGAACAGCUGACUUAGUUUAUCAAAACGUGUCUGAAAUUCCUUCAGAUGAAAGUGUUGGUGUGAAAGAAUCUCUCCCCAAAGAAAAAGAAUCGGUGUACAGUGAGGCUGAUGAUGGUACGCCAAAACCAAUUCCUGUGGCGGAGUUUGCUCAAUACUUCAAGAACAAAUCAGUCAAUGGAGGCAUUGUGCUGAAAGAGGAAUUUAAGAAGUUACCCAGCAUUUUGCCGUUCUCUUGGGACGUUGGCAAAAACAACAAAGUGAAAAACCGUUUUGGAAAUAUUACGACCUAUGAUCAUUCUCGCGUUGUUUUGGAGAAAAUAGAGGGUGAUCCAAAGUCUGACUACAUUAACGCCAGUUACAUUCCGACUGUUGAUGAGGAAUCAAUGAACUACAUUGCAACGCAAGGUCCAACCUCUACAACAAUCAAUGAUUUCUGGCGAAUGAUCUGGCAAAAUGAUUGUUCUGUUAUCGUCAUGUUAACCAACUUGGUCGAGCUUGGAAAGAACAAGUGUAAUCAGUAUUGGCCUGACAAUACUACGAGGUUUGGAUCCAUCACAGUAACACUACUUGGGACGCAAAGCUUCGCUGACUACUGCAUCCGAACCUUAAAAUUAGUCCAGGGCACAAAGACGCGUGAGGUUUACCAAUAUCAUUUCACCUCGUGGCCAGACAGAGGUGUCCCACACCAUUCGACUGCGUUACUUGCAUUUAGAUGGAAGGUUCAUGUUCGAAAUCAGACCACCGGCGGACCACUCGUUGUACACUGCAGUGCUGGUGUUGGUCGAACUGGUACGUACAUUGCUAUCGACGCCAUGUUGGAAGGUGCUAAGAAGAAGAAUACUGUGUUCAUACAGAAUUACGUGCAAGUGAUGCGAAAACAUCGCCCUUAUAUGGUGCAGAAAGAUACACAGUACGUGUUCAUACAUCAAGCUGUGAUGGAAGCUUUGACCUGUGGAACUACAGAGGUCACUUCUCAAAACUUGCGGAUUAGAAUGAACAAACUUGCCAGGGUUAUGUCAGAUGCCAAACAGACUGGUUAUGCAGAAGAAUUCAAGCGUUUGGAGCUCGUCAGCGACUGCCAAAGCUCAGGAGAAGAAUUUGUUGAAGCGUUGAAGCCCUCGAACCUUAACAAGAACAGGUUUUCAAAUAUAGUACCAACUCCACCAUACUUCAGUUCAAUUCACCCAUCACUUACCAAGGCAAUUUAUAAAAUGCCUGAAUUGAAAAUGAUGUAG